AAUGGAUAUUGGAAAGACUAAAGCAGAAGAUUACGUUAAUGAUUCAUCACUUGAAAUGCAUUGGGCAUUAAAAGCCUACCAGCAUGCGGAAACAUAUCAGAACUUAUUGGAGGCUGUGGGAGAUACUAAAAGCUUAAAGCUAACAAAAAUUGAUGAACACCUAUAUGCAAAUUUCGAAAAAGAAUUUCCUGACUUCGAAUUAAGCAUCGUAGAAGAACAGAAAAUAAAAACUAAAGAACAAAAAGAAAAAUGGAGAAAUUUUUGCAAUCAGUAUGAAAAUUGUAUACCAGAAUGGAACAUGGGAACCCUAUUGCGAAGUGAUUGCUCUAAGGGCGUAAGCCCGGAUAAUACAUUUAUUGUGCCCAGGAUACAAUUCUUAACUAUUGAAGUUGCUAGAAAUCGACGAGGAUUAAAUAAAAAAAUUGGAUCAUAG